AUCCGGUCGUAUGCGUCCACCUUUAAGGAUAGCCGGCACCGGUGCCGGCAAAAUCGUAAAAACAAACGAAUCAUUGCUGAUUUUGAGUGCGAAGCGACAUGAUUCCAGUACGAAUCUUGACGGUUUUUGCCACCUUAAUUGUGGGUAGUUGGGGGGCUGUUACAACCCCCAGCACUCCUGGUGGCAAAGUUGUGGUGUGCAACUACGAGACCAAAUCGCAUCUAAGAGAAGGACAAGGAAAAUUCGAUCUGACCUUCUUGGAGCCCGCGCUACAAUACUGCACUCAUCUCCUCUAUGGAUAUGCGGCCAUUAAUGAGGAAAGCCUCAAGCUGGUUCCGCUCAAUGAGCAAUUCGACGUCCUCAAGGAUAACUACAGGCAUGUAACCGACCUGAAGAUCAGACACCCCAAUUUGAAGGUGCUUCUUUCGGUUGGAGGCAACGAGGACGUGAGCGGGGAGGGAUCUGAGAAGAACUUGAAGUAUAGACAAGUGUUGGAAACAUCCGCGCAUCGCUUAGCUUUCAUCAACUCAGCUCACACUCUGGUCAAAGGCUUCGGCUUCGAUGGUAUAGACUUGGCCUGGGAGUUUCCGGAGACCAAACCGAAGAAGAUAAAGAGUGGGUUUGGGAAAUUCUGGUCUUCGGUGAAGAAAACUUUCGCUGGCGAAACAGUGGUUGAUGAAAACGCCCAGGAGCACAGAGAUCAAUUCGUAGCACUGAUUCGAGAACUGAAGGCCACCUUUAGGCCGGACAAUUUUCUGGUGUCAUUAACGGUGUUGCCCAACGUGAACAGUACUGUUUACUACGACCCCAGAGGUCUCGCCCCCUCGGUUGACUUCGUAACCCUUCACGCUUUUGACUUUUACACUGCUCAGCGCAACCCGAAAUUGGCCGACUUUCCGGCCCCACUGUACGAUUUAAUCGACCGAAGACAAGACGAAAACAUCGACGCCUGGGUGAAGUAUUGGCUUGGUCAAGGCUUUCCAGCGAAGAAACUCAUCGUGGGAAUUCCCACCUACGGGCGCACUUGGAAGCUGGACGAAGACGCCAAAGUAGACAACGUACCAAUUGAGGGACUGGAUGGGGCGGGAGAACCUGGUCCGCAAACCAAAGACGCCGGAAUUCUCAGUUACCCAGAAAUUUGCGUGAGGGUGCAAGGAGGUACUGGCAACGUUUCGCCUUCGGGUUACAGGAAAGUUCCCGACAGCACCAACAAAAGAGGACCCUACGCGUACAAACCCCACGAUGAGGAGAAGGGCGAGGAUGGGGUGUGGAUCGCUUACGAAGACCCCCAAUCGGCAGCCAGCAAAGCCACCUAUGUGAGGAACAAAGGCUUGGGAGGAAUUGCUGUCGAUGAUCUGACUCUGGACGACUUCAGAGGUGUUUGCAACAACAACAAAUACUCCAUUCUGAAAGCCGCAGUUGCCGCUUUGUAGAGCAAGUCCCAUAUUUAAAUAAAGCUUGUAGUUGUUAAUAAACUAAAUCCAUUAUAAAA